GAUGAACCCGCAAAUGCCUAGAGAGGUUGCUUGACUAUACUGGGUUCGUGGUUGAAACAUUUGUUGCGCAUGGACAGAGGCUACCUUGUUGGUGGCUAAUUGUACGUGGCUAGGAGUAUGCUGGGGGGCGGAAUGGAGCAGAAGGGAAGGGCAAGAAAAGAAAUAAAAUAAGAGGGCAGUGCUUCACCAUGGCCCAAUGUGAGGAAGCUCCAGCGGGUAAGGACCCGUGUGAUGUGGAGAAGGCAAAGCAGAGCUGCCCCGGCACCUUGAUCCAGAAAUUCAAACCGCACAUGUACACCGACAACAGGUGCCCCAUGGAUGCCAAGAGCCUCAUUGCCGGCAACACCGGCUGCAAAGCUGCUUUGGAGAUCUUCAACUCGACGCUCGAAGAUCCGUGCCAUGAUGACCCAGAUGGAUCUAAACAUAAGUGCUAUGCAGAUUGUACUGCAUGCUUCAACGAGCGUGGAGCUGGGUCAAAGUGGUGCCAGCCCCCUGCAAGUGGAGGAUUUGGAUGCGACACCGGCUAUGAUUGCAAGUACCUGCUGGAUGAUCAAUCUUGCAGCUUCUUCUGUGGAUGCUCUGUCAAACCCACUCCAGGCAAAUGCCCGCAUGCCCCUGAUGAUGCUUGGAGAAUGUGCCGAGAUCCAGCCAAGGGUGGAGGCCCACAGUGUGUUUGGUGCCAGGAUAAGCACACUUGCGUCGCUUCUGAAGGCAAGGUCUUCCCAAAGGGUUUCGAUCCAUCCUGCGGAGACCCAACUACUCCACCGUUGGAGAGCCCGGAGCCCAACACACAGAAGACCAACUUGUGCGUCUACAAAUGUGCCGAUGAUGUGGCCGAGUACGUUUGCCUGGACGAUGGCUGUCCAGAUACAUACGGAGAUUGCUCUCGCGCAUUUUGGUACAACGUGGCCGCUGAUGGAUGUGGUGAACUGGGCAGCCAUACGUAUGAUUCUGGUGGUGAAAAGGUUGGAGAUCAAACGGAUGCUCACGUCUCCAUCAAUGGAAAUGCCAUGCACCAAGUGGCCCUCGCCCUACUGAAGUCCCGGCGCUUGGCAACUUUGAAGGGGGAGGUCUUGGAAGAUGUGAGCGCAGAUGACAUCGCAAAUGGCAUCAAAGACUUGGAGGACAAAGGGCUUUCUAUGGCAGAGAAGGGCUUGUGCUCCUGGAUGACUGGAGGGGCUGGCUCUCGCCUGUGCGGCUUUGUGGUGAAUUCCCCUGUGGUCCAAUGGGUCAACGACAAGCUUCUCAAUUUGCCCUUCGCAUCUCAAGUUACUCAUCAGCUCGCCACAAAAGCUGCUGGGGCUUUGGGACCUGUGGCAGAGGUUGUGGUGGGAGCACUCACGGCGGUUGCAAAGGUGGUGAGCACUGCUGGAGAUAUCAUCAACGCUUGCAAGAAUGCAGCUGUGAAUGUUGCUCAUACCGUUCUCCACUGGUUUGGGUGGAUGGACAGAAGUGUCUUUGCAACCAUCACUGGUGAGCGAGGUCGUCUUUCAUUGCCACCUACUGAACUCAAAGAGACAGCUGAAGGUGUGCUUGUUUGAACGGCCUAUGACCUGGCAAGAGAGGAAA